GAAGUGACGCAUCGACUGGAAGAGACAGUGAGCAGUGAAGAGCAGUUAAACGAAUUGAAUCUUGAGUUAAAGAAACAGAUGGCAGAGAUGGUAUCAGAGUAUGACGAUGAUAGGAGGGUGGCUCUCGAAAGAUGCCAGAAUGCAUGUCUUCAGCUACAUGAAGAUUCCUCUCGUAAAAUGAGAUCUGAUUUGCAUGAAGAAUUUGAGAACGAGAGGAGGCUGGUAGAAGAAUCUCAUCAACAGCAACUUAUGCAACUCAAAUCUGAACUCAAUGAGGCGCUGAAAACUGUGGAUGAUAUCAAACAGUUGUAUAUUAAUGUAUGUGAAGAAAAGAACAGAUUGGACGGGAAACACAGUGAGGAGGUCAAAUUGAGUGAAGACCAACUAACUAAGCUCAAAGAGGCAAUGUUGGUAGAGAAAGAUGAAGCAUUGGAAAAACUCAAACAGUCAUUGGCUGAUUCUCAUCGUGUCGAGAUGAUGUCAGCUAAAGAGAAAUGGCAGAAAGACCAGGAACCAGAAACAGAUAGACUGAUAGAAACAAAGGUAUUUCUUAAUUCA